AAAUACUCGCCUUCUAGGGUUUUACUCCUCUCGAUCUCGUCCCUCUCGCACACCGUCGCCACUUGAGCGCGUCCUCUGCGGCCAUGGCGUCGGAGAAGAAGCUAUCGAACCCCAUGAGGGAGAUCAAGGUGCAGAAGCUCGUGCUCAACAUCUCCGUCGGAGAGAGCGGCGAUCGCCUCACCCGUGCGUCAAAGGUGUUGGAGCAAUUGAGCGGACAAACUCCUGUGUUUUCAAAAGCCAGGUACACAGUUCGGUCUUUUGGUAUCCGGCGUAACGAAAAAAUUGCUUGCUAUGUCACGGUUCGUGGUGAGAAGGCCAUGCAACUUCUCGAGAGUGGCUUGAAAGUGAAAGAGUAUGAAUUGCUGAGGAGAAACUUCAGUGAUACCGGGUGUUUCGGCUUUGGUAUUCAGGAGCAUAUCGACCUUGGGAUUAAGUACGAUCCGUCUACUGGCAUAUACGGGAUGGACUUUUAUGUCGUCUUAGAACGCCCCGGAUACAGAGUGGGCCGCCGCCGCCGCUGCAAGUCCGGUGUCGGGAUCCAGCACAGGGUCACGAAGGAUGACGCGAUGAAGUGGUUCCAGGUGAAGUACGAGGGCGUGAUCCUCAACAAGUCCCAAGCAAUAGCCUCGUAGGUGCGUUCGGACAUGCCAUAUCACCUCAUCCGAAGGUAGCUCAGUUUCUUUCAGUCAAAUUCCGACUGCUGGAAAACGAGUGCUUUUUAGGUGAUUCUUUUUUUUUUUUUUUUUUUCUUUUCCUGUGUUUUAGAAAUGACUUGAAUUUUCAUGUGCUUCUCUUCGAAGAGCCGAGUUGCCUUUUCUUCUGCUUUCGGUAGUAAUUGGAGUACUGCGAUUUUGUUAAAAUGAAAAAUUCAUCUCAUUCCUUUCUCGCCUUUA